UGGUGCAGCAGGUCCAUGUUUGUCAGCGGCCCAGACCGCAGCAGAAGAAGAAUCCAGCACUACACCAUGGCGGACGGUCGGGAAAAAGCUCUGCAGGAUUACAGGAAAAAGCUCCUGGAGCACAAAGAAGUGGACGGACGGCUGAAAGAGUUGAGGGAGCAGCUGAGGGACCAGACCAAGCAGUACGAGAAGUCCGAGAACGACCUGAAGGCUCUGCAGAGUGUCGGCCAGAUUGUUGGAGAAGUACUGAAACAGCUCACCGAGGAGAAAUUUAUUGUGAAGGCCACCAACGGGCCCCGGUACGUGGUGGGAUGCCGCAGACAGUUGGACAAGUCUCAGCUGAAGCCAGGAACCCGAGUGGCUCUGGACAUGACCACGCUCACCAUCAUGAGGUACCUGCCCCGGGAGGUGGACCCUCUGGUGUACAACAUGUCCCACGAAGAUCCCGGCAGCGUCUCCUACUCGGAGAUCGGAGGGCUGUCUGAACAGAUCCGAGAGCUGAGAGAGGUGAUCGAGCUGCCUCUGACCAACCCUGAACUCUUCCAGAGGGUGGGCAUCAUCCCCCCUAAAGGCUGCCUGCUCUACGGGCCUCCAGGCACUGGGAAGACUCUCCUGGCCCGGGCGGUGGCCAGUCAGCUGGACUGCAACUUCCUGAAGGUGGUGUCCAGCUCCAUCGUGGACAAAUACAUUGGUGAAAGUGCCCGACUGAUCAGAGAGAUGUUCAACUACGCCCGAGACCACCAGCCGUGCAUCAUCUUCAUGGACGAGAUCGAUGCCAUCGGUGGACGUCGUUUCUCCGAAGGAACGUCGGCUGACAGAGAAAUCCAGAGGACUCUGAUGGAGCUGUUGAACCAGAUGGACGGCUUCGACACCCUACACAGAGUCAAGAUGAUCAUGGCCACCAACAGACCCGACACUCUGGACCCGGCGCUGCUGCGGCCCGGAAGACUGGACCGAAAAAUCCACAUCGAGCUGCCCAACGAGCAGGCUCGCCUGGACAUCCUGAAGAUCCACGCCAGUCCCAUCACCAAGCACGGAGAGAUCGAUUUUGAAGCCAUCGUGAAGCUGUCGGACGGUUUCAACGGAGCAGAUCUGAGGAACGUGUGCACAGAAGCAGGGCUGUUUGCCAUCCGCUCGGACCGGGAGUACGUCACCCAGGAGGACUUCAUGAAGGCCGUGAGGAAGGUGGCCGACUCCAAGAAGCUGGAGUCCAAGUUGGACUACAAACCUGUAUAAGCCCCGCCCCUCCCAUCUCAGCCCCGCCCCCACUGGCUCUUUUUUACUGAGUUGUUUUUCUCUUCCUUUUUUUUUUUGUUUCAAAGCCAGAAAAGUUUGUUUAUGGGAAGUAUUAGUGCAAAUAACUAAUCAUCCUUCCAGAUGGUGAUGUUCACAGCAGGAACGUGUUCCUGCUCCUCGUGGUUCUGCAGCGCCACAGAUGUAAAACAUGUCCGUGUAGUGAAAUAUACCCGUGUUAAACUUU